UUGCAUUGUUUUGUAGAUAUAAUUGAACAGCUAAAACUAUUUCUUCCUGAUGGUCGCCUUCCUGAAGAUGCUGCUGCUAAUAUUUCAAAUCCGUCUAGUAGUGAUUUACUAUCAGAGAAUGCAGGCGAUGGAAAAUCUGUGCUCUGCAAAAUACUACUGAACGGGGGCAAAAAUUACGAAGCAGCAUUAUUAAGGUCAAAAAGCCUUCGACAAAAAUUUGAGAAGCUGCUUCAGUAUGCCUGUAAGCAUCCAGAAGCGGUGAGAGAAGUAUACAACUUCUUAACUGAGGGACUAGCAGGUGGCAAGGAGUUCAGCAAGGACAUCUGCGUUGAUUGUUGUUCGCCGGAGAGACUUUCCUUGUACACUUCGUUUAACCUUCUUAUUGCCACUCGAGCAUCACCUUUGCCAGACAACAUAUUCCUAUUUUCCACGCCGCCUGCCCGACUGGCUUAG